GAAAGUUCUAUUCAUUCACUGUAUCACUUCGCUUCCCAGGAAAAAACCCCCAAAACCCUAACUUAAUCUCCAGUAAAUCUCAUUUGCUUUCUGCCUGAAUUUGCCUGUUUUGGUUUCGAUUUGUGUUUUUCUUUCAAGGUGCAUACAUAGUUUUGUUAUUGGAAAGAAGAAUAGCCAUGUCUUCAUCUGAUAAAGAGCUGGAGCUGCUGUUAAUGGAGACCGGGAACAGACUCCUUGAACCUCCCUCGUCAGUUGAUGAACUCAUCACUCUCAUCGAUCAAGUCGAGAGUUUUCUGUCAAGGGUGGAACAAGCAAGCCAAUCAAUGCAAAAUGCACUUUCUCCUUCACUUAAAGCAUUGAUUGGAGCAGCUUUCAGACAUCCUGAUGCUGAUGUCAAAGUUGCAGUUGCUGCUUGCAUCAGUGAAACAAGGAUAACUGCACCAGAUGCUCCUUAUAACGAUGACCAAAUGAGGGAGAUCUUUCGACUGAUUGUAUCAUCAUUCGAAAAUUUAGCUGACAAGUCCAGCCGCUCACAUACUAAGAGGACCUCAAUUCUUGAAACUGUUGCAAAAGUCAGAUCGUGUGUGGUGAUGUUGGAUCUUGAGUGUGAUGCUUUAAUCAUUGAGAUGUUCCAGCAUUUCCUUAAUGCAAUAAGAGAUUAUCAUGCAGAUACUGUCUUUACAUCAAUGUUGACGAUUAUGACGCUUGUGUUGGAAGAAAGUGAAGACAUCUCUAUGGAGCUUCUCUCCCCAAUCUUAGCUAGGGUAAAAAGAGAUAAUGAGGAAGUUCUUCCUAUUGCUCGGAAGUUGGCGAAGAGUGUGCUUGAAAACUGUGCAUCAAAACUGAAACCUUACCUAACACAAGCUGUAGAGAACUUGGGAAUUGCUUACGAAGAUUAUAGUGGUGUAGUAGCUUCUAUAUGCCAAGUGGUACCCAAUGCUGUGGUGCAGAAUGAUGAUGAUGCUACUGACAAGUGUGUGGAUGUUGAGAGCAAACCAGCGGAAGCACCUUUGGACAAUGCAGUUCAGGAGGAGGAGAUUCCUAAAGAGUCCGUUUUAACUGAACAAGUUGAUCAUGCAAAUGAAAAAUCUCCAAUUUCAGUUGUUAGCAAUGGCAUUAUUCAAACUGAUGAAAACAAUUCAUUACCUGAUUCAAACUCCUUACAGAAGCAAGAGGAUGUCUGCCUUGCCAAUAAGUCUGAGAAUGUUGAUACAUCAACUGUUGCUGAACCUGAUGGAUUGGAAGUUGAGAAAGUGGUCAUUUCAGAUUCUAAGUUAGAAAAAAGUACCGAUGAAAAAGGGGGGAAAUCUCAUUCAAAUCAACAGAACCUUCUGACAGCACUGAUGGAUCCUUCUGUUGAUGGGGCUGUAUCCACGGAAAAUAGAAGAGAGACGGAUGUUCAUCCUUCCCUGACAAAAAUAACUACGGAUGAACCCAAUGAUGUUGCUUCCCCAGCCCCAAGUGGGGCUGUACAUGAUGGGUGCCAUUCAAUCAAGAAGCAAACAAAUAAACGACCAGGGAAAAAGGUUGCUUCUGCGGUUCUGAACAAGGAUGAGGAAAUGGUUGGUUCUCCAAAGGCAGUGAAAUCAAACAAACUUGAUUCUCACAUGGAAGAGACCUCUAAGACAAAUUCCAAGAGAAAGCAUACCCCAAGUAAAGAAAAAGGAUCUGAUACCUUAGAAUAUGGUGAGAAUCUGGUUGGCUUGAAGGUGAAGAUUGCUAAUAAUUUUAUUGAACAGGAGGUUGCAGCAGAUCGACCGAGUUCUGAUGGUUUGUCUGAAAUCUCUCAAAAGAAAGCGAAAGCUGAUGAUCAGCCGAGAAAGAAAGCCAAGAUGGAUGCUUCGCCAAAAAGGGGUGGAGGUGCUUCGUCUGGCAAAUCCAAGGGUGCUGCCAUGAGGUCUGGUAGAAAAAUAAAGGAAGAUGGUACUAAAGUGGAUGGCUCCAAGAAAUUCGACAAAUCAGACAAUGUUACCAAAGCCGAGGAUCAUACCCCUGAAAGUGGUAGUAGACCAGUCGACGUUACUUCAAAAGUGGGCAGCAAAUCCAAAAAUGAGGACAGUGUUGACACACCCAAGGAUGUUGACACGCCCAAGUGUACCGAACCCAAGGUUGCUGAUGUUGUCACACCGGAAGCUACCACAAAGCCGAAGCAAGACACUGCAAAGACAGCCAACAAGCAGGAAGCCCCCACAGUUUCCUCCAAUUCCAAGGGUAAUCCUCUUAAAAGUGGUGGUAAAUCGGAUGCAAAUGGUGGUGGUAAGUCGAAAUCCGGUUCAUCAAAGGUGAAAGAAAACGAGCAUGAAAGAAACUCGGCUGAUUCAGCUGAGGUUGUGGAAGCUUUAAAGCGGAAAGCCCCAAGUUCAUCAGAAAGGACAGGAACUGAUCCGAAGUCUGUAAAAAAGCGACGAGAAGAAGCAAAAGCCACUUCAACACCAGAGUCCUAGCUGGAACAAAGGCCGGUUAUUGUCCGAUGUGGAACUCGGAUGUUGUCACCUUCUUAAACGUCGAGAUGCUGCCAUCACAGGUGUCCAUGCAUUUGGUAUGGACUUAGUUUUUAAGCUUGCGGCUUGCAAUUUAUAUCACAGUUACAGUUAACAGCUACCCAUGCAUUUGGUAUGGACUUCGUUUUUAGGCUUAGGCUUUAUGGCUAAACGAAAUUCAUGUUGUUUUAAGGUGCACAUUAGGAUACAAACAAUGGGUUGGCCUUUUAAUCCUAAAUUAUUGCAACAUGGCCUGCAUAUUUUGCUUUCUAACUCUUCUUUUUAGGGUUAAAUA